AUGGAGAACGGAGCCACAUCGUCGAUCUGCAACUCAACGUUAGUGCAGGACAACCACCAUUUUGUCAUUGCUCGCUAUAGUCUCAACAAGGAAGUUGGUGUUGGCAAUUUUAUUAGGUCCAAGACAUUCCAAGUUGACGAGUAUGAUUGGUCUAUUCGAUACUACCCUGAUGGAUUCAACACUAAGAGUCAAAAUCACAUCUCAAUUAUUGUCGAGCUUAUGAGUGAGAAUAUAGAAGUGAGGGCAAUGUUUUCCUUCAGAUUGGUUUCUGCAAGAAUGCAAACAAACUGGAUUGGGACCAGAGUGUUAAGAGUAUGUAGCACAAAUGGCAGACGUGGGAUCGCAGGCUACGACAUGUUCAUGGAAAGAAGUUUACUCGAAGCACAAUAUCUGGAUCAGUCUGAUCGCAUAACAAUCGAAUGUGUUGUCUCUGUUGUGAAAGAUCCAUUGGUGUUUCACAAUGAAUUACUUUCACCCUUGGUGAAGGUACCACCACCAGAGCUAUCAGGUGAUUUUGCAAAGCUACUAGGUUCAAAAGAAGGGGCUGAUGUUACCUUCUAUGUCCAAAAUGAAGCAUUCCCUGCACAUAGGGCUAUGCUAGCAGCAAGGUCCCCUGUAUUCAAGGCGCAGCUCUGUGGCCCGAUGGUGGAGAAAGAGGGAUCAUGCAUAACCGUGGAGGAUAUGUUGCCUGAUGUUUUUGGGGCUUUGUUGCACUUUAUCUACACAGACUUGUUGCCCCCUUUCAAUGAUUUUGAUGAGGACGGUAGAAAAGAGAUCGUUCGCCACUUGCUCGAGGCUGCAGAUCGCUAUGCGAUAGAAAGGCUCAAGCUUAUAUGUGAGACUAUUCUUUGCACUUGUCUUGAUAUAGAUACGGUGGUAACUACAUACGCCCUAGCCGACCUGCAUCAGUGUAACAUUCUCAAAGAGGCUUGCAUCAAAUUCAUGGCAACUCCAAAGAUAAUGGGUAUGGUGAUGGCAAGCAAAGACUAUGAGACCCUGAAGAUAAAGAGUGCAAGUCUAACAAUAGAGAUUUUAGAGGGUGUUUGCAAGUUACCUAAAAUAUAG